AUGGACCGCGACCAAAUGGACGAGCUGCUCGCCCCGAUAGGUCAGCUGGGCGCCGCCAUGGCCGCACUAGAGGUGACCGAUGCGGCCGCUGAAAAAGCUUUGCAGGAAGUCCUGAACGGCACGGACACAACCGACGACGAAGCGGCCCAGCGCCGCGCAGAAAGAGACGCGAAGUCGGCGGCCCGGGGCCGCGCCCUCGAGGCGACGCGCGACGCGAAGAUGGCCGUGGCGCUCGACGCGCGCGCGCCGGCGGACGACGCCGCAGGCCGGCGCGCGGUGCUGCGCUACUACGACCGCGCGGUGUUUGGAUUCGCGGCGGCGCUGGCCGGCGGCGCGAUCCCGGACGCGUCGAUCGAGAGCGUCGUCGCGGCCAUGGUCCAGUACGCGGACCGCGCGCUGCAGGUGCGGCUCGCGCUGCCGGCGCCCGCCGUCGCGCGCGACGCCUGCGACGGCGACGAGCGGCGCUCGGCUUUUUUGCAGAUGGCGGUCCACUCGCAGACGUUCUCGCUCCUCGGCCGCGCGGUCGCGCGGCGCGCCGAGGCCGCGGCCGCGCCGCACGCCUGGGCGCGCUUCGUCUGCGCGAGCGACGCCGCCGACGCGUUCGUCGCGUACCUCAAGUUCCUCGAGGGCCGCGGCCAGGCGCCGCCGGGUGCCGUCGUCAGGGCUGCGACGGAUCUCAUGGGGGUGAUGGAGCGGAGCAAGGCGGAGGUCGAGGCUGGUUCUGGGUAA